UGAAAGCACUCGCCGACACCCGAAGAAGCCCGCUCACCCGCAGGCUCCGCCAGAUCGAACUGCACGAAAGAGUUCGACUCAAAAUCGACUCUUACACCGGCGAAGAAGACCCCAAGAAGUGGCUAACCGCGUUCAACCUCGCCAUGAGGAGGGAGAAAUACAAAUCUUACGACGAAAGAGAGGCCAACUACUGUCAAGUAUUCGUCGAGCACAUGGCGAAAGAUGCCUUGACCUGGCGAACCAUUGCGCAGCUUUAUGGAAAGAGGUUCAAACAAGCAGCUCGCGACACUGGCGACAUGCCCGAUAGCGUCCCGCUGGAAGCACUCCGCAACGGCCUCUGGUACGACUCCAAGUUUAAGGAGGAUUUGUCACUAAAACCCCCUGCGACUCUGGAGGACGCGUUCCACCGCUCUCGGAACUACAUCUUCCUCGAGGAAGACCAGCGCUUCUACGCCGAGAAGCACGGAGAUAGGAGGGCAACCUCGUCGAAACCCAGAGAGAACCCACGGAGGCACGAAGAAGACACGAUCCGAAGAGGUCUCUCCUGCAGCAUUCGCAGCAGCCGACGAUGA